AUGGCAGAACAUUUGGCUAGAAUAAUUGGUACAGAAGAAGAUAGAGUAAAUUGUCCAUUUUUUUGGAAAAUUGGUGCUUGUCGUCAUGGUGAUCAAUGUAGUAGAACACAUUAUAAACCUUCUGCUGCACAAACACUUGUUAUACGUCAUAUGUAUCAAAAUCCACCUGUUGCUAUUGCUAUUGCUGAAGGACAAAUGAUAUCGGAUGAAUUAUUGGAUAAAGCGGCAGAUCAUUUUGAAGAGUUUUUUGAAGAAGUUUUUUUAGAAUUGAUGAAAUAUGGUGAAAUUGAAGAUAUGGUCGUCUGUGAUAAUAUUGGUGAUCAUAUAAUAGGAAAUGUUUAUAUCAAAUAUUCUGAUGAAUCUGCUGCUUGUAGAGCUGUUACUUCAUUAUCUGGUAGAUAUUAUGGUGGACGUCCUAUACAAUGUGAAUAUACACCUGUAACGGAUUUUCGUGAAGCACGUUGUAGACAAUUUGUAGAAGGACAAUGUAGACGUGGUGGUUAUUGUAAUUUUAUGCAUAUUAAACAUGUACCAAGAUCAUUAAGAAGAAAAUUAAUGACUCGUAUGUAUCAAGAAUUUCCAGAAUAUAAAAAAAGAAUACCAUAUCAUAGAAGUGGAAGUCCAUAUAAAAGAAAACGACAAACUAGUGAAGAACGUCGUGAUAUGAUUGAACAAUGGAAUCGUGAAAGAGAAUCUAAAAAUAUUUCAUAA